UUAUGGUGUCUUAGGGUACCUACAUACCACAAAGCUUUCAGGAUCAGUACGCUAUGAUCUAUAGGUUAUCCUAAGACUGAAUACAGUUGGUUUCUAAUUACACAAAUGGAUAGCUGGAAGAACAAACAACCUAUACCAUUUCUGGCAAGACAGCGCCGUAAGCCGGCAGUUUCGCAAGUUAUUGCCACGAGCAGCCGUAGUGCGCGUAAUAGAUUCGUGUCUGAAGCUGUGCCCACUCACAAUAAACCAUCAAAAAUGAAUCAUCCUUUAUUUAUCGACGUCCAGAGUAGCUAUUCAAGACAGCUAGAAAGUAUAGCCCAACCAGCAAACACGAGAAGGAUCAAAAAAGCUUCUGAGCCGCCGCUUAUCGAUCAGGUCGACGUUCUGGGAUCGAUACCUCGUGUACAGAAUGGCACUGAAUUGAAUUACAGGACAAUUCCCCAGCCUAACAGGGUACAUUGGGAUCCUGCCAUCGACAGGCGGUGUGAUGCAGCCUGUAGUGGCUUGACCACCGCAGACGAGCCUGUUACUGAACUUGAAAAAGAUGAGGUUCACCUAAACGACUGCGUUGUCCCUACGACGUGCGACGUGUGCCAGAUAUGCCCGCCCUGGACGAAGAUUUGCAUUCUGGAAAUAUGUAUUCAUAAAAUCUGCGUCUACUGCUUUUAUAACGUUUAUAUGCCUCACCAGCCCAUAGCAAGGUGCCCCGUCGCCAACUGCACAACUGUGACUUCGUCUGUUGUUGACGUUAAUCAUAAUUUUGACCAGCAAUAUCGCCAUCACAUCGACAGUAAUAACGUAGCAAAAGGCCGCUCACCAGUGAACAACCAAGCUAACUUCUCGAUACCACAGCAAAAACUGGUCGGGGAAUCUUUUAUUCAAGCUGGUAGGGACGGAUAGGCUAAACUUGGUGCCUAAAGAUAGCGUAUUUUGGCUACGACCGUGCACCAAAGCUAGUUGUAAGUUAUGUCUUGAUCGACCGCUGUUUCUAAAAUUUCCCACGGAUAUAGUACAAUAGAUUAAGUUGCCCCUGCCAUUUGGGCUUAGGAUAUGCAGUACUGAUGCUUGCGGUAAAACUAUACCGGACUACUGCGAAGAUAUGAAGAAUUCCAUGAUUUGUAUUAGGUAUCCACUCUACAACAAGCGCCCGCAUUUUAGCAUUGAACAUACAAUGGAUACGAUUAUAUUUAGCCUGUUUUAGGCCGCCUCAUUAACCAUAUAUUGGCCAAAAUAUACGCUAUUUUUCCUGUCGAAAAUUUCGUCAGUCAAUACAACGAAGGUUAACAGCGUGACUCGAGUUGAUUGUGCGAAUGCUUUUGACCGUUUAUGUGGUGACUACUUAUUUUAGUGCACACUGCAGCCAAUGUCAGUAUUCUCUUUUUCGCUAGUGCGCCUUUAAACUGACUCUGUGGGGGUUAAAGGGUCUACAUGCAUAAGGGAUCGUGACUUGACUUCCGGAAAUCGGAGCAACUAUGAUAAAAAGCACCUUAAAACCAAACACAUGCCAAGAAUAGUAAAACGGGAACGGUACUCUGCGCUGACAGUAGCUGUCAGAUUAUACUUCUGGACAUAAACGAAGAAGACGAACGGGAAGGAUAAGAAGCAUUUCUAUACGAACAAGCUAAUAGAACUGUAAAUAAAUUCCCCAUACGUCGGGCCAAAAAGGUUUCUGGGUUUAAUGUACAUCUCUGAAUGUACGCACAUGAUAUUAAAUUCAACUCUCAAAAGCAUUUAUCCAGUAAGGCUUCUUUAUCAACGUUUUUUUUUACGUUAACACCUUUUACCAUAAUAUGAUAUAACAAUUAUCGUAUUUAUUGCUUUGGCUUGAUAUUAGAUGUUUACUAUUGUUACUAAGUCAAUGCACGCGCUAUAGGCUAUUAGGGAAUUAACAGGCAAAUCAAAGAAUACGAAGGACAUUAACUAGAUACGUAGGUAUGAUGUAAAACAGGUAAAUAUUGACAGUGUUUGAAAAAAUAUAUGAAAUAAAAAUACAGCAUAUAUAGCCGGUGUCUGACCUGUCAGAGCUUUCCUCGUUUUGAUGAGCACUAAAAAAUGUACUUCGCUUUCCUUUGUUCGGUGGUUGAAGGCGAAAAACUACGGUGGUUAAUACCAGUGCGACGGAAGCGCUACGCAUGGCUGGUACUAUAAACAGAACAAUUUGUUUCGUUCGCUCGUAUUUCGUAUUAGUCGUACAAGUUCGUAUCAGGAAAUUGAUAUCGAUAUAUCGUGUUCAAAACAAAAAAACGCUAAUAAAUGUACCUCAAAUACAGUGCAAUCUCUAUGCACAUUUACGAAAGUACUAGUUACUAAAAUUAUCUGCCUUAUACAAUACUGUUAUGUUUAUUCUAAAUAAGCAUAGCAUUUAUGUAAACUUGCUGUAAAGAGCUGUUUCAA